CAAAAGCGAACGAUGGCGGUACAGAAAAAUGUUGAGUCUGCUUCAUGAAAGAUUUUUACAGUAAAUCCGUACAGCUUCUGGCAUUCGUCACUGUAUCAUCCCUAAAGGUACGAAUAGCUUCGAGUUUGCGCUCUCCUUCGCUUCGAUGGCACGAUCGGUACCGCAGGAAUGUCGCACGCAACCUCGGCGUUGUCCCAUCCUCGGACGAUCCGCAUAGUGCACCGGACGCCGUGGCCAACCUUAUGCUAUUGGCGUCGCGACACUGCACCUCUCAAGCUUUGUACAUUGCGGUGCAACUGCGCAUCCCGGAUAUAAUUGGAAUAUCUCAUUGUAAGUCUCUUUCCGCCAUUUCGGCCCGGAUAACGCGAGAGCAACAAGCAGUGGCCCCAAACAACAAUAUUGAUUCAGAUGCGUUGCUCCGAGUCUUGCGUCUUUUGGCCUUGGAAGGAAUACUCCAUGAAGUGAGAAUGAGCGGAGAAUGGGCCUUCUCGUUGACUGCGACGGGCGCGCUUUUGCGGCAACCGACGGCGACAGCACAACAAAUGAGUGAGCAUACUCAGCAGGAGGCGUCUUGGGCAAGCUUGAUACAGCAUUGGAUGGAGCCCCCAUUGUGGAACGCCUGGACUGGGAUGCCGUCCUAUCUGGUUACUCAGCACCAAAUUUGUGAUCACCCAAAGACGACUCCGUUCGCCAUUGCCAACGGUAUAGCCGUUGACGAAUUCUACGGCCGCCGGGAGAAUUGUGAUUCACUCCGCUACGCCAACGCCUUUGUGGGCCUCGUUACGGAUUUGGAACUCCAAGCCUGCGUCGAAGGGUUUGAUUGGCAAACUUUGUCGGCCAAGUCGGUUGUUGAUUUGGGCGGUCACGAUGGAGCCGUCAUGAAAGCAGUCCAGGGUGCAUAUCCUGACGUCACUUGUUUCUCGUUGGACCGACCCUCCGUCGUUGAGCUGCUUUCCACACCAUCUACCAGUGUUACUUUGUUGGGAGGAAAUUUGUUCAACUCUUCCACUUCCCCCCAACCGACGCAAUUUUCAUGAAACACGUUGUCUUUUGUGAUUGGGAUGACGUUUCUUCGAUGCAAAUUCUGCAAGCUUGCCAUGCAUCAUUACCAGCGAGCGGCAAAUUGAUAAUUGCUGAAGCCGUCCUCCCGAAUUGUGGACUAAGUUCCAGGAGCACAAUG